AUGUUCCUCUCCAACGCAAGAUCUCUGACCCACAAAAUGGACGAGCUGGAACUACUCGCCAACGAAUCUGUACUUUCCUACAUCAAGUACUGCGUGGGAAACGUCACAGUGGACAAACACAUUCGUGUGUUCCCCAACCAGAAGCCCUGGAUGACCAGCCAGGUCCGGACGCUCCUCAAGGUCCGCAACGCCGCCUUCAGGUCUGGAGACAGAGAGCAGUACAGCGCUGCUAGAGCCGACCUGAGGAGGGGAAUUAAGAAGGCAAAGGCGGACUACAGGAGGAAAAUAGAGGACCACCUCUCUGAAAACAACCCACGGCAGGUGUGGCAAGGCAUUCAACAGUUGACAAACUACAGGAGACGCAACACCACAACUGUGAACUCAAGUAUCUCGCUGGCAGAAGAACUGAACUUCUUCUUUGCCCGCUUCGAGACAUCAAGGACAUCACAGACCUCAGCUUCAUCACCACCCCAGCCCCCACCAGCUCACAGCACCCACUCACUGACUGUACAGGUGCAGGAUGUGAGACGUGUGCUUAGUGGAGUCAACCCCAGGAAAGCUGCCGGACCAGACGGACUUCCUGGGAAGGUCCUCAAGGGCUGUGCUGACCAGCUCUCACAGAGCGUACAGAUCCACGAGGACGCCAUUGCCAUAGCCCUUCAUGCUGCGCUGAGUCACCUGGAACACCGGGAGAGCUACGUCAGGAUGCUCUUCAUUGACUACAGCUCAGCCUUCAACACCAUCAUCCCGGCUAUCCUGGUCUGCAAACUGUCAGCUCUGGGUCUCGACCCGCUCACCUGUUCCUGGAUUAGUGACUUCCUCACAAAUCGACCCCAGAAGGGGUGUGUGCUGAGCCCACUCCUGUACUCUCUGUACACCUUCGACUGCAGUCCCACCCACCCCAGCAACACCAUAGUGAAGUUCGCGGACAACACAACGGUGGUGGGACUGAUCUCAGAGGGAGACGAGUCUGCCUACAGGGAUGAGAUCCUGAAGUUAACAUUGUGGUGUUCAGACAACAACCUGGCAUUGAACAUCACAAAAACUAAGGAGAUCAUCCUGGACUUCAGGAAAAGCAGAGCAGACCCGGCUUCCCUCUACAUCAACGGUGACUGUGUAGAGAGAGUCCACACCUUCCGCUUCCUGGGCACCAUGAUCUCUGCUGGCCUCUCCUGGACUGCCAACACGGCGGCGGUUGUCAAGAAGGCUCAGCAGCGGCUUCACUUCCUCAGGGUGCUCAGGAGGAACAACGUGGGAGAGAAGCUGCUGCUCUCUCUCUCUCUCUCUCUCUCUCUCUCCUCUCUCUCUCUAUCAGGGCCGAGCCAUGGGGAGGUGGACAUGCGUGAGUGUCUGUACUACAACGUGAACUACGAGAUAGAGAAGACGAACCAGAGCGGGGUGGAGCGCUGCGAGGGGGAGAAGGACAAGCGCUCCCACUGCUACGCCUCCUGGAGGAACACCUCGGGCAGUGUGGAGCUGGUGAAGAAGGGCUGCUGGCUCGACGACUACAACUGCUAUGACCGCCAGGAGUGUGUAGCGAAGGAGGACAGUCCUCAGGUCUUCUUCUGCUGCUGUGAGGGAAACUUCUGCAACGAGCGCUUCACACACCAGCCCACCAACGGACCGACUUUCGAAAAACCUCCCCCAGCUCGUGUGCUCAGUGUGAGUGUGUACUGCCUGCUGCCCCUCACCACGCUGUCCCUGUUGCUGCUCUCCGCCCUCUGGAUGUACUGCCACCGCACCCCGUACGGACACGUGGACAUCGUCGAGGACCCGGGGCCAGCCCCUCCCCCUCUGGUGGGGCUCAAACCCCUGCAGUUGCUGGAGAUCAAAGCCAGGGGGCGCUUUGGCUGCGUGUGGAAGGCCCAGAUGAUGAACGAAUAUGUGGCCGUCAAGGUGUUCCCUAUGCAGGACAAGUUUUCCUGGGAGAGUGAGCGGGACAUCUACGCCACGCCGGGCAUGAGACACGAGAACCUUCUGCGCUACAUCGGAGCGGAGCGCCGCGGCAGCAGCCUGGACAGCGAACUAUGGCUCAUCACAGAGUUCCACGAGAGGGGCUCUCUGUCCGACUACCUGAAGGGGAACAUCCUGGCCUGGAGCGACCUCUGUCACAUAGCGGAGUGCAUGGCCCGGGGCUUGGCCUACCUCCACGAGGACAUCCCCCGCUUCAAGGGAGAGGGGCCCAAACCUGCCAUCGCCCACAGGGAUUUCAAGAGUAAGAAUGUGAUGUUGAAGAUGGAUCUAACAGCCGUGAUCGGGGACUUUGGUCUGGCUGUGGUCUUUGAGCCUGGGGAGCCACCUGGAGACACACACGGCCAGGUGGGCACGCGGCGCUACAUGGCCCCAGAGGUCCUGGAGGGAGCCAUCAACUUCCAGAGGGACGCCUUCCUCAGGAUAGACAUGUACGCCAUGGGCCUGGUGCUCUGGGAGCUGGUGUCCCGAUGCAAGGCGUCUGAUGGUCCAGUGGAUGAGUACCUGCUGCCGUUCGAGGAGGAGAUCGGUCAACACCCCACCCUGGAGGACCUGCAGGAGGUGGUGGUCCACAAGAAGCUAAGGCCCGUGUUCAAGGACUGGUGGCUCAAACACAAUGGCCUGGGCCUGAUGUGUGAGACGGUGGAGGAGUGCUGGGACCACGACGCCGAGGCGCGCCUGUCGGCGGGCUGCGUAGAGGAACGCAUCUCACAGAUCCGCCGCCUCAACGCCACCAUAACUCCGCCUACCUCCGAGAACCACGCCCUGCUGGUCUCCAUGGUCUUGCCCGUUCCCAUGGUCACCAAUGUGGACCUGCCCCCCAAAGAGUCCAGCAUAUGAUCACUCAAGACACUUGACGUAAAACAACAACCCUUGACCUUCUCAAUUAUCUCCCCAAUUCUUUUUCCGGAGACCUGACAUUACUCAGAAUUCCUGGAGUUCACUUCAACUUCCUCUUCCUGACGUACAGCUAACUGUGCUAACUAAGCUAGAGGAACAACACGGACACACAAAUACACACACAGAUAUAAAUGCACAAAUAACACACACUAUACCCUCUCAGUGGAAUUUAACUAUUUCAGGCCCACGUUCCACAUGAAUGCCGCUCACUCUCUCUCACUCUCUUGCCAUCUCUCUCUCUCUCUCUCUCUCUGUCUCACUCUCUUGCCAUCUCUCUCUCCCUCUCCAUCCCUCCCUCGCCCUUUCUCAUGCUCUGUCUCUCUGUCCGUCUAUAUUUUGUAACCAUACCACCAGCACACGUUGUGUAUUUUACAUUUGAACGUUUCACGUUUCAAUGACAUAGUUCAAACGGCUGACACACACACACACACACACACACACACACACACACACACACACACACACACACACACACACACACACACACACACACACACACACACACACACACACACACACACACACACACACACACACCACGUCAAUAUGCAUUCAGGGUCCGACUGAGUGAAUGAUCUUUCUCUAGGAACCUCAGCGACAACUAUAUUUUUGCUUUUGAUCUUUUAUGGACUUUUUUAGACGGUUUUCUCUGGUAUACCAUCUUCCUUGUCCAAUUAUUCAGAACUGUAUUUUGGUAGCAGGUACAGAAAAAUAAGCAGUUCUCGUACUGAUAACACACUCACCUGCCUGCCAAGCAGCCUGCCUUCUGUGUCACCUAGCAACCACCUACCACCCAGCAUUGGAUGAUUUUACAACAAUGCUGCAAAAAUCCCUGUAGGAACACGACUGUUACAUAAACACACACACACACACACACACACACACACACACACACACACACACACACGCACACGCACACGCACACACACAAUAACACAAACAUCAAGAACAUACUUCUGUUCAAGGAGUUUUUUUACAACUGUUUAUGUUCUUUUUUACACCUUGAAUUUGACCUUCUUUCCUCAGUCUGCUGGCGCUAUAAACACAAUACAUACCUUCGGAUCGAACGGGUUGAAUCCAAAAAAACACAGGAUAAAUGUCAGGUCAGCUCGGCAAGAAGCAGCAAAAGCGUUUUUUUAUGUGAAAGAACGAAUUUGACAUGGUUUGUUUUGAAAACAAGAGCUUGUUUUUUCUUUUUUUUUCUUUGCUCAUUUUUAUUCUGACUUUCAGGAAACCAACCUUGCAUGUCACGUUUUUUCAAGAUCGGUUGAGAGAACACCCAACCUCAGCAUUAUGGUUGGCACGGCAAUGAACUUCUCAGGUAACCAGGUCUACCAGGGACAAGGGGUGUGGAUUUUGGAGAGGAGGAAAGACCCAAGUGGCCGGCGAGAGACUUUGGCGAGGCUUGUCUGUAAAAUGCCGGUUGGCCGUCCUGAAAUAAGUACAUUUUCAAGGUGCCCAAACAAGAGGUUGAAACACUGGUUCCCCUAAGGUGCAAAGACCUCUUAAUGCAUCCACAUUAUGCAGUCAGCGUGUGACUGUGUUUUGGAGCCUUUUGAGUCAACGUGAAUGUUUCUGUUUGUGUGUGUGUGUGUGUAUCUGUUUGUGUGUGUGUGUGUGUGUGUGUGUGUGUGUGUGUGUGUGUGUGUGUGUGUGUGUGUGUGUGUGUGUAUGUGUAUGGUAUAUAAUGAUUUUUUUCUUUUUCUAAUGCCUUGUUUCUUGUGAGAUUUCUUACUAUCAAUAUGAAUUGGCCAGUGAAUGAUCCGUCACCCGGAAGUUCACAACAAUUCUUAUUUCCUGGCCAAACUGCAACGCCACAAACCACCGUUGGAACCACUGGCCUUCAACUAUGGCCGCCAUGGAUUUAGGUUUCCCUGUUCCCAUCUCUCCGUACAGUUCUCCAGCCAUGAGACAUCGGUGCAGUGUGAACUCCCAGCCUGGCCAGUUGUACCACGUCUCCGUGUUGGGCUCAUGUCGUGUGUUUGACCUGUUGAGUUAGGAUCCCAUGCAGAGCAGAGGACUGGGUAAGAAUCCAGGGACAGUGAGUUAGAGGUCAGCGUUAGAGGUCUCUGCUUCCUCCCUGCUCUGACCUCUUCUCUGCACUCAUCUCAUGUGGCUCUGUGCAUCCUCCCCGGACCAAAACCAUGCUUUCUGUUGCCUUGGAAACAGGCCACAAACAGCUCAGAACAUAACACACACAUUUUUAUGCACACACACACACACACACACACACACACACACACACACACACACACAUACACACACACACACACACACACACACACACACACACACACACACACACACACACACACACACACGCGCACACACUCAUCCCUCAAUAUAUGACAAUAAGUACUUUAAACAAACAAAGCAAACUGAGGAACUAUGUCUUUUCGUGUUUCUUUCACUCAGCUUGGGAGCCGAAUGUGUUUUUUGUCUUUCUGUGAUGCCAUACACGGAACCAUGAAUGUCCAACAUGCUGCUGUUGAUGAUUCAAAAACUCAAAGAUGAAUAUAUUUCUGUAUCUUCUUUUUUUUUAUUAGUUGUGAUUUUUACUUUCAGUGCAUUGAACACAUGCAACAACUUUCUCUCUCUCUCUCUCGCUCUCUUAGUCUCUCUUCCCCCCUCUCUGUGAGGUUAGCAGAGAGCGGGGAAGGGGUGCGUUGCAGAGCCACACGUGUCAAAAUAUUCAAAAUUGUCAAGGACAAUAAGGCGCUAAAGCUAGUGAAGAGAUUGCAUGCGUGAAAGAAAAACAAAAUUGAUCAUAAUAAUUAUAAUUAUAAUAAUCAUAAUAAUACAUGACCGGAAAAAAUAUAGGAAAAACAAGAAAAAGUCAGAACGAUUACUGCUCAUCAACCACAAAUCACCUCAAACAAAACACACAGAUAUACCUCAGAUGACUUUUUCUACGUCUUGUAAGUCCUGUUUCUAUAUUUUAUUAGUUGUGUUGACGACUUGUAGUAAACAUAUUUUAUUGUACUUUUUUUUAUUUUGUAGAUUUUACAGUAUAUAAUUAGGGUAUACAUCAUGUUUCCAAUAGGUUUUAUUGAAGGAUGUGCUGCCCGGUCAAUGUUUCCCCACUAAGUCUGAAAAAAAAUUAUUAUAAAGGUGGUAACUUUAAGGGAUGGUAAAUACAGAAACGCUGCAGUCUCAAGUGGGCCGUGGACCUAUUGGUUUAUUUUUUUAUCCCUUGUAGUUAAUGCUGUUUGUCUCAGCGUGGUGCUGUUGCAUAGAGCAUACUGGAACCAUGGCCCUUGUAAAUAGUAUUUUACCGUUGAACCGAAUUGUUGAUCCUCUUUCUAGACAUUGUUCCCUCGACUAGACUAGCUGCUCUCUUCUAUUCACUUUGCUGUAGUCAAAGCUAUUCUUGCUUCUUCCCCUCUUCUUCCUCGCCUUUCCAGAAUCCCUCUUCUUCCUUCAUCACAACCUGCUGGUUUUGCCUCUACUUGCCACUCCUCUCCCUCCUUCUUCUCUUUCUUUUCUAUGCAGUGGGACCUUGGAAUCUCCUUGUUCUCCUGCGUGGACCCCUCACAGCAUUGUGUUCAGCCCACAGUCUCUGCUUGUACGAUAGGCCUGAAUGGAGGCAGGAGAAGGAAAGGAAAUGAGAAUAGCGAUUGUAAAUUCUAUACAAAGAAUUGAAUUAUACACUUCUCAUUUGAUGUUGUAAGUGUAAUUAUUUCCUUUUCGAAACCAGGCUGUCUUUGAAAAUAUUAAAGAUUUUCUAAAGAAGACGACAUAAGUUCAGGGAAAUAAUUGUAACUCUCAUAUUUUAUAUAAGACUUACCUUGAUAAUCUGUGUCUGGGAUCACAGUCAAAAGUGAUCAGAUGAAGACAUAACACAUUAUAAUACAAUUAUCCAUUGAAAACCAAGCAACUAGAUUUUUCCUUGACAUGAUAUAAACUGUGCCAUAUCUUUAACUAAUAUUAGUCAGUUGAUGCAUUCCUUCUACAUGUCGAUUUCAACUUAAAUUAAUAUAAAUUCGCUAACCAGCAUUUUGAAACCACUAUUUUUGUAUUGAAAUGGUAGUGCCAUAGAAUAUGGUUGUGUUGACUGCCAUGGUGGGAGUGCUGUUGAGAUCAUAAGAAUACCAACGGCGGUGUUACUAUGCCACAAGGGAGGCGGAAGGGGAGCUUCACUGUCUCUGCAAUAUCUUUAUUGCUUUUCUCUCAUGUUUUCUUCCAUUUACAUCUUCCAUUCUUCAUAUUGUGGGGUCUGUUCCUUGUCUCAAAGCAGAAACAAAAAGGAAAGAUGGAUGGGAAAGUAAACACAGGUGGUACUUCAAUAUUGUCCCCAAGUUCCGCCCUACAGUGAACCCCAUAACAUCAGCCAUACAUAAGGUUGCGAUGAAUAUAUGUAUGUAACAGACAUAACUUCUAGAUAUCUGGAUAGAAAGCAUACUUUAUAUAUUUGGCUACCAAAAGGAUUCAAUCAGAAAAAGUUUUUUUCACUAACAAAACCAAUUCUGCCAACAUAUUGCAAACCCUUCAAUGGAUUCAAACCCCUACUAGACAGAAGCAUUUGGAAAUGGCAUUAUAGUUUUUUUAAUUCCCUAAGUGACUCCAUAAGUAUUACUGCUUUAAUGUCCACCACAGUAUGGCAGCAUGACAGUAUCUCGCCACAUAUUUAUCUGCUGAUCUGGGUCUUUGGUUGUCUUUGUUGGUGCCUCUCUUCAUCUCUCUUUGCUUUUCAUUCUCCUCCCUUUACACUUCUUUUUCUUCUUCUUCUGCAUCUUCUUCUUCUUCCCUGAUCAUUAGUAAAUGAGAAAAAAAGUUGUUCAAUGAUUUGCCUGUAUUUAGUGGUUUAAUUUGUUAAUCGUCCCAAUUUUCAAUUGAGUGAUGAAAACAAAAUCCUUCAAAUACUCAAUAAUGUGAAUAUGCAUUUGGUUGCGAUUUAACAACAUUUUACGAAAACACCCUUCUCUCAGACUCACGGUCAAUAGGAUUCAGAGUAAGAAAGAUAAUCCUGAAUCAGAUUUAAUUUAUUUGACCUGAAUGUGUACUUUUAUGAUACAUAUUAACAGAACCCAGCCAGUAUUCAUCUCUUGAUGUAGACCAACAGUGAGUUAGUGAACAGUGAGACAUACAGACAGAUGCCAUCAACAAGCACACUCACUUAAUGAGUUGGAUGGUAGGUGUUUCAGAAACCUAUUACCUAAUUUACAGCUUGACGGGCAGAAAAGUUGUGCUCAAGAGCACCAUAGCGGACAGGAAAUGGUACUAUAGCACUUGAUAACGUUUAAAAUAUUUGGAAAUAAACACAAUUUCAAUUCCAUUGGGUCUUUUAAGUUGUUGGUAUGAGAUAAAUAUAUAUAUACCUAACAACAGCUUAUGAAUAGAUUGAAAAGACUCUUGAAAACACAGCUGUUCUUAGUUGUUGGAUGUGAUGUCCUUCUGCAAUCUACGACUAAAUGUAGCCUUUGAAACCUUAUCAACGUGUGGGCAAACAUGCUUCCAAGCCUAAACUGGCGUGGGGUGAGCUAUUCUAUUGCCCUGUCGGGUCAAACAAUGGAUGGGACGCUCAGCUGAGUUAGCCUCGGUUGAGUAAGCCUGGCAAGUUAUGCUUCCAUUCUACCGGCAAGUGAUGCAGUAGCAACAUAUUUCAAAUAUUUAACAGACCUGUGAAUUAUAUCAAAAACCAACAGUAACCUCAUCCUGUGCAAAAUGGCCUCUACCGAGUGAACUAAAUCUACAGCUGAACUGUAGAUUUUUUAACAAGUGAAACGUCAGUGAAAAGUCCAUGGUUGUUUUUUUUUCCUGUAACAAUCCACGACAUUGGGAUGAUUAUUGAUGUCAGAAAUAAUGCUGUAAUUAUGAGAAUUUCAAUGUAAAUUAUGUUUCUAGUCAAGCCCAUUUUAUUUUAAGAGGCAUGGGGAAGAUAUGCUAAGAUUUUAAUUUGCUCAGCCAUGUGGAUGAAUAACUGAUUUUAGGUUUGAUUCCCAAAGUGCACCCCUUGACAAUGACAACGUGAACCCCAACCUGCUCGGCUUGGAUUUCCUCUGGAUAAAUUGGAGGACUUGGAUUCAAAGGACUUAAAGUUUAUACAAAUUAUACCUGUAUGGAGAGGGGAGUCAUUCAGUGUGGAUAUUAAUCUCCUCUAUUACCAUAUCAUACCAAAAGCUUCCGUAAUACAUACAUUACAUAACUCCUGUAAUUUGUGACCAUAUAGUCAUUAUUGUCAGUUUAUUUAAGCAUUUUAACCUUGGCUUUUUGUCUGGCUGUAUUUCUUAGUUUCCUUUUCUGAAUCAUAAAUCGAAGGAGAAUCCCACUAAAGAGUAAUGCCGGACAUUAUAAGUCAACAUAAAAACGGUAUACACGCAAUGCACACACAAAUAUAUUUUUCGACAUUUCCGAAUAUCCCAGUCUUCGACCACCAAUGCAAACUGAUGGGUUUCCUUGGUAUUUGUCAAGGGGUUGGAUGAACAAAGGGGUCUCCCAGCUAUUUGUCAAUCGUUCUUAUUAAUAAAGUGCUGUUUCCUCAGUGGAGGAGAGAGAGAGAGGUCAACGACAUCAAAGCAGUCGGAUUUGACUCAUCUGUCUCUGCACCUUGGUGGAUUGGGGUGUGCAAGGCUGGCUGAGUCCUGAUUUGAAUGACAUUUCCAAACUUUACAUGUUAAUCAAAAAAAAGCAAGGCACGGUUUGUUUUCGAAAAAGCAACGGAAGGAAUCUCUGAUAGACACAGAAAUGGAAACAUUUUCAAUAGGUUCUAUUUGUUGUAUUUAUUGCAUAAACUGUAUUCAGAAUCCACAUCAUGGAAGGAAUGGGAUUGUAAUUAGAAAUAAGAAAAAAGGUUUUUAAAGGUGAAAUGCCAAAUCAGGAUAUUGCUGUCUUUGCAGAACAGUCCUUCCUCCAUCACAAUGGGGAUGAAUUUGUGAAAUGUUAAUCUUGUAUCUCGUUUCGCUGUUUUAGCUGAGCUGUAGACGGCCGAGACAUUCUUAUACUACUGAUUCUCAACAUGCUAUAAAGAAUUUAAAAAAAGAAAGAAGGCAGAAAUGCUUUAUGACUAACAACCUUGACAUGGUGAAAACUGGUUUUGGUUCAGGUUUAAAAAAUAAAUCUCAAGUGUACGUAUGGAACUUUGGUUUUCUGUAGAUAUAUGCAUAUAUAUAAUAUAUAUAUGAACAGAUGGAUUUUUUUUUCUCCAAAAAAAACUUUUGCGACAUGCAUUUAAAGAGACAACACAAUUUCCCCCACCACCUCCUUGAGGGAGAAGUAGAAACCUUGUCUUGUUAUAACGGUUAGACAAGAUUCAUAUUGUUUUUUACCAGCAAAGAUCCUUAGAACAUAUCCAUAUAAUUUGCAACAAUGACUGAACAUGCCUUUGUUAUGUUUCUUAUGCUUUUGGAUUAUCUUUUGUAGUGGUUCAAAUUGAAAAACAAAAAAGACGACCAGGCUAUAGAGACGAGGUAGUCUAGUUUUGAAUACAAUGAGGGAACUGUACUCUUGAUGUGUGUAUGUGCGUUCCUCCCUUGGUCUCUCUCUCUUCCUCUCUUUCUAUCUCUCUCUCCACAGUGCCAGGACCAUUGUAUGAACGAAUGUAGUGCUACCCCACAGGAGGCACAUACAUACACAACUAAUUACUAUUGAAAAAAACAGUGAAAAGGAUUAUCGCAUCAUUAUCUUUUUGUAUAUAAAACAAUAAAAUAAUGUAAAUUAACUUCA